AUGCGUGGGCUCAACCUCUCUCGCCUUGCGGCGCGCGGGCGUGCCUCCGAGGGCUCCUUCUUCAAGGACCAGCAGCAGCAGCAAGCAUCCAAGCUGCGCGCCUCCCUCUCCCCUGCCGACAUCGCAUCAGCGAAAUCCGCCCCGACUCCUCCGCCAUCCGUCGACACCCUAGCCGAAAUCUCCGGCCACUCCGCCUACCGCACGCUUCUCAAGCAACCGCGGGCCCCCCCGACGGCCCAAAAGCCCCGCCCGCUGUUCAAUCGCCUCGCGUCCGCCGCCGCGGCCUUCGAGCGCAAGCCGAGACCCGCGCCCAAGGUCGCCGAUCCGCACGUGCUCAGGGCCUUGGGCAGCUCCAGGCUUAAUAUUUACUCGUCACUUCCGAAGCAGACGGCCAUGCCCCUGCCUGGCGCGGAGCGGUACGGGGACGGAGCUGUGCUUGGCAUGGCCUCGUUUGGCGUCGCCACUUCGUUUGUGGCUGCUGUGGGCCUGGCAGGCGGGCUCUACGUGUAUUUUAGCCCCACGGCGGUGCAGACGAUGCGCGAGCGCUCGGUCGCGUUUGGGGCCGCCGUUGACGCCAGUCUGGGCCCCAGGCUUCGUAGGUUCAAAGAGAGGGUGCAAAGCAGAGGGGCCGUGAUUUCAGAGGAUGCCGACACCCGCGCGAGAAAGAUUGCGGCGAGUAUCGUCAAGAUGCCGCCGCAACGGGGAGAAAAGUUACGAGAGCGGGGCGGUGAUUCGGCAGCGUCGGCGUGAUCUCGUGCCGGCUUAGUGCGUGGGUCGCAGUCUUUACCUAUUGUGGAAUGCUUGUCUGGGGCCGCAUACUGCGUCUUCGUUUGCUUGCUUGCAUGAAUGCAUGUGGUGCCGUAGAUACCGUACAUUGUUGACAUAACAUCUGCUCUCAUAGAAGCCUGAAGGGCAGUUAGUGGGGUAGUGCCUUAUUUUGUUUCUCUCAUGCCCUUUGGUCCGUAGAGUCAGCCCUUAUUUAUCUGUAGAAUCAAGAUCUGCUGCUGCACGCGGCAACAGGUUGUGCCAAAGCUUGUCCCUCUUUUAUUCGGAAUCCCUCAUUGUUAUGCUCCGUUCUGUAAAUGAAAUUGCAUUCUGAACAACUUCGAAUGAAACCUUA